UAUAGUGAAUGCAGGGGUCUGGGGAGACCGGAUAUAGUGAAUUCGGGGUCCGGGGAGGCCAGAUAUAGUGAAUGCGGGGUCCGGGGAGACCAGAUAUAGUGAAUGCAGGGUUCUGGGAGACCAGAUAUAGUGAAUGCAGUGUGCAGGGAGACCAGAUAUAGUGAAUGCAGGGUCCGGGGAGACCAGAUAUAGUGAUUGCAGGGUCCUGGGAGACCAGAUAUAGUAAUGCAGGGUCCGGGGAGAGCGG